AUGUGGCUGAGUCAGACGGACCGCUGCAAGUUGACGGCGCUCCGAGCUCUUCUCAAGGGCGGUAUUGUAAGCGGCGCGAAGAAUGCCUCAAUCGCGGAUUUUGACGCUCCGGCCGAACGCCAAGACGGUGCAGCUCGGAGUUGGUGUAGACCCACUUUUGCAUGCCGUGGCCUGUUGGAGCGCGCGCUGCCGACAUUGGAUGCGAAUGCGUCCUCGGAACCACUAGACUGUUCCUCGGAGAGCAUCCCAGAGGACACGUGA